GGCGGCUGUGCCUGCAACGGGGUCGGCGAGAGCAACGGCGUCGGCGGCGACGGUAGAAGCGGAAGCGAAGCGACACAAGAGCUGUCAGUCGUAGCAGCAGCAGAAGCAGCAGCAGCAGCAGCAGCAGACGGACGCGCUGGUUUUGGAGGGGGCGGCGAGGAUAGGGAUAGAGGUGGAGGUCAGGAGGAGGCGGCACGUCCUGUGCGAGAACCUACAGCAGAGCAAGGGCCGGUUUACCUCAACACCGCGACGAUGGAGACGGCGCGGGAGCCGCCCGCGGAACUGGUGGCCCUGGCGGACCAAGCGGAAAGCGCGGGGGAUUACCUGGUGUUCGUCCCUUCCCACAGGUUUGUGGCGGCGGCGGCAGGUGCGGUACCGGCUUCCGCCUCCUCCCGCAACAGCAACGUGGCGGCGGCUCCCGUUUUCUCCCACAGGAGCAGCAACAUGGACGUCGAUGGCAACGGCAGCAACCCGGCGGCGGCUUCCGCUCUCUCCCACAACAGCAACAUGGACACGGAUAGCAACGCGGCGGUGACGGUGGCGAGGAUGUCAGAGGCUGCCUCCGCGGUAGUAGCCGCGGCGGAGCGAGUCCUGCAGGCCGUAACGGCAGCCGGUGAAUCGUGCUCCCCCCCGUCCUCCACGACAGCAGUGAAUGCCGGCACCGGUAGCGGCGGUGCGGCGGCGGCGGCGGCGGCGGCGGCGGUGGGGUCCAACACCAGGCGCAACAGCCGAGGAGAGCAAGCGCAGGACACACAGCAAGGGUUACCGCUCGAGGCGUCGACGACCCCGUCAACGGUGGCCAAGGCUGUGCUCGGCGGGUCUAGCAACAGCAGCGAUCGCCGCGGGGGCGGCGGCGCCGGGGGGGGUACGUGGGAUCGAUUGUCUUCCCUGCCGACCAUCGACUUGUCUCAGGGAGUGGCAUCGGCGCCCGUGGACGUUGAGAACGGGGGGGGCGCGGGAGGGAACAAGGCGGUGACGGUAGCGACGACGUGGACGUGCGUCGCGUGCACCCUGACGAACAAGUCCCGCAGGACAACGUGCGAGGUGUGCGGAACCUCGAGGCCGAAGGCUUCUCAGCAGACUCGGGCGGCGGCGGCGGCGGCGGCGGCGGCAGUCACCGGCGCGUGGGAAGCGUGA